GCUGCGAGGCCCUUAAAUUUACAUGUUAUGGAGGCUGAUACAAGAUUGUGCAGGCUUUCACUGCAAUCAGCAGAAGAGACCCAGUUACUGAAGCAAGUGUUAUAACUGCACAGCACAAUGAAAAAAAAAAAAAAAAAAAAAUUCGCAGCUGACACCUGCACUGGGUGGAUUAAUAAAAAAGUCCAAGGUUUUGGUGAGGUUUUGCAAAACUUACCCUCAAACUAACGAAAUUAUAUGAAUGACAGUCAUACUGUACAAAUAACAUUUUGCUGUAGGUUUAUCAUUACUUAUAAAAAAUUGUCUGAAAUGUACAGUUCGUUCUAAGAUGUAAUGAGAAACAUUUUUGCCCCUGAGUGACCUGACAUUAGCAGCCUGGUCUGACCAAGCAAUUGCUCUGCUCUGACCAAUCAAAAGGCAAAUUGAGAAAAUCAGCACGUGAUUGGCUCACUGCCCGUGGGACAAUGAGAGUGACAGGUUUCCCAGACUUGAAAAUGAUACUUUUUCCUCUGUAGGCCUAUCUCUCUCUCUCUCUCUCUCUCUUCUUCUUCUUUUUCUAAAAAAAAAACAAAAAAAAAACAUAGUUCACGUUGGGUCACACGAGUGGGCCCAUUUGGUUGAUUUAGUGCGGACACCACGGUUAAUGAAAUGUCCAUGUCUUUACCUAAAGACUCAGCAGGGACAAACGACUACGCAGGGAAGCCAAAAUGCGCCCGGUGCCGACACCACGGGAUUAUCGUCCCGAAGAAGGGCCACACAAAAGUCUGCCCUUUCUUGAAGUGCCAGUGCUGGAAGUGCUACCUGAUAAUGGAGAGGACGAAGAUCGCCGCCCUACAGAGGGAAAUGAAAAGAGCCAUGAAAGAGCCUCGACCCGGAGCCAGAAGGGUUAACGAGCGGGGGGAAAAGGCUUUUGGGACCUCGAACCCAGAUGGGGGUGCUCCAUCCACAUCUGAACCGAUGUGCCCGCCACCCGGAGGAGGCCCGGAGAGGAGCUCACCCGCCGACCCUAGGAGUAGGCCUGAGGCGGGAGGACAGCCCGAAUCCGGCUGUCGCGACAGCAGGGAUGUCCUGCCGUCGGCUAGUGAUUCACCUUUUUUCAGUGAAUUCGGGCAGAUGGCACGUCUGCCUCUUGUUCACUUUCCAGUUAGCAUGCCAGGCUAUCUCCCCAGCAGCAUUUCCUCUCCAUCUCAUCAGUUCCUGCCCAACAUGUGGCUGCCCCCUGUACCUGUUGGGUACCUUUACCCUCCUCCGCUACAGCCUGGACCUCCAGCUGACUGCAGGGGAGCCUUCUUUACCCAUCAGCCACUGCCUGAGACUUUUAAGGAAGAGCUAGUGUCAAGGCAGCACCCACCACCUCCUGCACCCAGAGCCACUGAGCAGGAAGCUGCUCAGCAAGUUGAUGAGGGGAAUGAAUCAUAAAAAAUAUGUAUAUAUGUUUUCCCUCUUAUUAAGUUAUUGUGUUUCUUGUUCCUUUGUUCCAAUUCAAGUUUAGGGUCUUGAAUUGUUGUUGAAUUGUUGAAAAUUUAAAGGUUACACAUCUGUUUUAUUUUCUGGAUUUUCAAAAUCAGUUGUUAAAUGUUUUAUUAGGAUUUUUAUUUUUAAAAAAAUAUUUACUGUUGUUUAAAUUUUCAAUAAAGUAUGUGUCAACAUA